AAUGCUACGAACUGUCGAAGAAAAAAAGGAAAGGCGAGACGAUGACGAAGAAUAUGGAAGAGCAAUUGCUACAACUUCGUCCGCAUCGUCUUGCUGCUAUAAUAAUGCUCCUUACUGCCAAUACGAAGAAGAUACCAGAUACUCGAAUGUAUACGGACAAUCUCAAAACUAUUACGUUAACGUGCCCGAAGAUUAUCAGCAACGAGUCGUCAAUCCACGGAUCGUUCAACCGAACUUGCAAUCAUCCGUUUUCCUCUGUAAUAGAGAAUUAUGGUUAAAGUUCCACCAUCAUACAACCGAAAUGAUCAUUACCAAACAGGGCAGGAGAAUGUUUCCAACUCUACAAUUUAGUCUAACUGGCUUAGACGCUAAUAAGUAUUAUAAUGUUUUCGUCGAAAUAGUCCUCGCUGAUCCUCAACAUUGGAAAUUUCAAAGCGGUGAAUGGAAACCUACUGGUCACGCUGAUCCACUUCCUAAAGAUGGACGUGUAUGUCUCCACCCUGAUUCACCAAAUACAGGAGCUCAUUGGAUGAAGCAGGAUGUACUAUUUUCAAAAUUAAAAUUAACGAAUAAUAAAUCUUGUAAACAAGCUGGUUAUAUUAUCUUAAAUUCUAUGCACAAAUAUCAACCAAAACUUCACGUCCUUAACCUAGAGGCGGAUCCAAAUAGUGAGAGGACAUUACAAAGUAUAGCCUUUCCUGAAACUCAAUUCAUAGCUGUAACGGCUUAUCAAAAUACAGAUAUAACGGAAUUGAAAGUUAACCACAAUCCGUUCGCCAAAGGUUUCCGAGACAAUUACGAUAGAACACUUACACCUCCCAAUGUUAUGGAAUCAAACUAUUAUUAUCCUCCUGUACAAACACCGCCAAACUAUUACGUUCCCAACUCAGUAUACGACAUGACUCCCCCUCAUAAUUCUAGUAGUAGUAGCAACGACGAUAUUCUUACACCGCCUAUGACGAAAAGACGGAGGACGGCAGAAGAUAAUUACGUUGCCACAGCAUAUUGCGGACAAUACGACUACAAUCAAGGCUACUACCAUUGA